AUGGAGAGCCACCGAGCUGCUGCUGCUCCUUCUACUGCUCCUACUGCUGCCGCCACUACCCCUGUCGACGUCACCACCGUCACCGAAGCUACCAAUGCCGCAGAUACGAACGAUCAAGAGCGUCGUAAGAAGAAACCCUAUAAGGAGUUGACCUUGCAGGAGAAGGUGCAGCUGAUUCGCCUGGCUGAAGAGAACUCUGGAAUGAGUCAGGCGGCAAUUGCUGAGCGAUACACUAUCGCUAAAAGUAAUGUGUGUCGUAUACUUCAACGUAAGAAGGAGUACCUUAUGGCAUACGAAUCGGCUGGUUACGCAGGCUCUCGAAAGCGAAAGUUGAAAAGCGCCACAACAGACAUGGUGCAUGACACCAGGCAAAUGGGUCUAUUGGUACCGGCUCCUUCAGAUAGCACGGGCAAUGAAACUCUGCGAGCCCAUAUGUACAAGCAGCAUCAAAUCUCUCGUAUGUUCAUGUGUCGAUGUUGUAACUGGGCAUUUCCGGACAAGACGAGUUUACACAUGCAUAUUCAGGCUAGAGAAGAAGGAAAAUCGAUAACAGUUCCGGUGAUUGGUAAAGGGUUGGCGCCAGAUGGUGUGGAUUCACCUUAUCCGAAUCUGCAUCCAAUCAAUAACAACACGUUGCCACAAAUUCAGAACCCUGGAGUGUUGACUCCGAAUCCAGGGCUGUCAUUUUUCUCAGCGCCACCACCUCCUCUGACUUCUACUGCAGAAGAUAUGAGCCGUCUACGAGACCGAUUGGUGUUGAAUUCCUUGAUGACUCAGCCAGGCUUUGGCCUCGCUGCAGCCUGGCUUAACAACCUGCCGAAACCUAUUCCUACCACAAAGCCAUUGGUGGACUUGAUGAAGAAAGAAUCACGAGAAGAAGACGAAUGCGAAGUGAACGUCGAGAACGACACCGCCCAUGCUGAAGAUGAUAAGCUAAACGUGUCCAGUAGUGAGUCAGACGAAGGCAAAUCUUUAGUGAUUAAGCGAACAGAAAGCCCCUGUGAGAAUGGAUCCUCAACGAGCUCUGACGGACUGUCCCCGGCUCAUACAAGCUCCGCCCAUUCUCCUGUGAACCUUUUCAAGAAAGGCGACACACCUAGCGCUUUCCAUCACCUUAAUGUCGAUUCCCGUUUCGUCAUUUCACCUUCGCAUGUCUCGCCCUCAGAAACGCAUUCAUCAGCAAGUCCGAAUGGUUGUUACGAUUGCGCCGUGUACAAGACCAAGUUGACAAUGGCAGACAAUAAAUGUCGAUAUCUGGAAAGCAGAGGGAACACCCUGCAGACGGAAGCUGUGCGAGCCCAAGCACAAAUCUCGUCUGCUGAAGCUGCGCUGCGUGCGCUCGAAGCGGAAACACGUGCGUUACGAGAGCAGACCGAAAUGCUUCACAGGCGACUUCUCGACUGCCAGGCAACUGUCACAUCAUUCCUGGCGUUUAAUGAGUGGUGGAGGGGAGGCAGCGAGACUAUUACUGCCUAUUGA